AGCUCUGGGCUCCUGAUCCCAGCUUGUCCUUGAAGUAUGAGGCUGGUGACUGGAGUAGCUGUGCUUCUGACCUGGGGGACUGUGAUUGAGGCUGAGAUUGACCAGCCCAAAUCCAGGGAUGUUGCUGAAGGAGAAGACGUAACCCUGUCUUGCAACCACCCUACCAUCGGUGGAAGUGACUAUAUACACUGGUAUCGGCAAAAUCCCACUCAGAGUCCACAGUACUAUCAUGGCUUACGGGACACUGUGAGCAACCACAUGGCCUUUCUGACCAUAGCGACAGACAGAAAGUCCAGCACCUCGGUCCUGCCCCGGGUCGCCCUGAGAGGCAGCGCUGUGUACUACUGCGCCCUGACAGAGGCACAGCGGGACCGACGGGGCUGCACCUGCGCAGUAUCUCCCUGGUGGCAAGGAGGGGUGGGACGGGGAGGCUGCAGCCACUGGGAGCAAAUCUGGAGCCACCUAGAAGGAGACUCAGAGAGAAGUCAGAGGGAAAGUGAGGGGAAGGAAAGAUCGAAAAGCUGGGAAAGAAGACAGUCCUAUCUCAUGCUCCACGCUUUAAUGCAGACCCACAUCUUCAAGGUUCCCCUACCCAGUGGGUGGAAAAUUAUUUGGUUAAAGUUUGGCAACAAAAUGUUGGCAGAUGGAUGGAAAAUCUUUAACCGUAAUUUUAUUGGAGAGCUUUAUGCCCAAGGAGACAUGAACUAUUUUAUUCUUGCCCAGGACGAACCCGUGGAGACUCAGUGA